UAAGACUAAAGACCAAAGUUGGGUGAAGAAAGGUUGUAUAUCCAUGUCUGCCCUUUGGUCUUGUCCACUGUUGUUCUUCAUAUUCAUUGCCUUCUCCUGCCUCAACUGAAUCCUCUCUCUCUCUCUGUGGCUCUCUAUAUGGUAAUCACUAAUCAGAAUGAAUGGUGUUGAGUGUCCAGAGUUUGUGGAAGUAGAUCCAACAGGGAGAUAUGGAAGGUACAAUGAGGUCCUUGGGAAAGGGUCUUCAAAAACAGUUUACAGAGGGUUUGAUGAGUAUGAAGGGAUUGAGGUGGCAUGGAAUCAAGUGAGGCUCAAUGACUUCCUUCAAAGUUCUGAGGAUCUUGAGAGGCUUUAUUGUGAGAUCCACUUGUUGAAGAACCUCAAUCAUAAGAACAUCAUCAAGUUCUUCACCUCCUGGGUUGACAUCUCCAACAGGAACAUCAAUUUUGUCACUGAGAUCUUCACCUCUGGCACUCUAAGACAGUAUAGGCAGAAGCACAAAAGGAUUGGCAUUAGAGCAGUGAAGCAUUGGUGUUUACAAAUCUUGAAAGGGCUUGUCUACCUUCACAGCCACGAACCACCCAUAAUUCACAGGGACCUCAAGUGUGACAACCUCUUCAUCAAUGGCAAUCAAGGAGAGGUUAAGAUCGGUGAUCUCGGCCUUGCUGCCAUUCUCCACAAGUCCAAUGCUGUGCAUUGUGUUGGCACUCCGGAGUUCAUGGCACCAGAGGUAUAUGAAGAAGAAUACAAUGAAUUAGUUGAUAUAUACUCUUUCGGAAUGUGUGUGUUGGAGAUGGUAACAUUCGAGUACCCGUAUAGUGAAUGCACUCAUCAUGCUCAAAUCUAUAAGAAAGUCAUCUCUGGAACAAAGCCGGAAGCUUUAUGUAGAGUUAAGGAUCCUGAAGUGAAGCAAUUUAUUGAGAAGUGCUUGGUUUCGGUUUCGCAGAGGCUUUCUGCAAGAGAGCUUUUGAAUGAUCCAUUUCUUCGAGCUGAAGAGUUUAGUUUAAUUCCAAUUGUGAGGCAACCUUCUUUUUCUCGAGUUAAGACUAACAAUGGCCAUCGCUGCGUAUCCGUAUCGGCAAUAGAUAAUGAUGUUAAAACACAUUGUUUCGACCUUUUCAAUAGCCACGAGAAUGAAUCUUUUGGCAAUGUGGAUAUCACCAUCAAUGGGAAAAUGGAAGAGGAUGGCGGCAUCUUCUUGAGGCUUAGAAUUGCCGACAAAGAAGGGAGAGUUCGGAAUAUAUAUUUUCCAUUCGACAUCGAAGCUGACACGGCAUUGACUGUAGCUAUGGAAAUGGUAGCAGAGUUAUGUAUAACCGAGCACGAUGUUACUAGAAUUGCAGAAUCUAUAGAUGGUGAGAUAUCUAAAUUAGUGCCGGAGUGGAACCCUGGUCCGGGAAUUGAAGAGAUGGCUACUACAUUUCUCUUGUCAAAAUUUAUGUUACAACUACAGAACAAAUUCUUCAUCAUUUGAUUCAUUUCUAGAUUACCAUUCUUUUGAAUUUCAAUGAAUUAUGUAAUCAAUGAAGAAGUAAUUCACUACUU